AAGAUUUUUUUCAGUCAUUGCUGUAUCAAGUAUCAGGCAGCAAUGUUGUACUACGAGUGCGUGUUAUGCCGCGUCGUUUGUGGGUUGUGAGAAGGCUUUUGAGGAUGCCUCUUGCUGAAGCAGGGGAGCAGUACUCUGUAUGGGUGGGUCUAAUAUACAUCUUCAACCUAAUAGUGGGUACAGGAGCAUUGACACUACCAGCGGCUUUCGCGGCAGCAGGAUGGAGUCUCAGUACAAUAUCCCUGGUGUUCCUUGCCUUUAUGAGCUUUGUAAAUGCCACUUAUGUCAUAGAAACUAUGGCUUGUGCCAAUGCCGUGUGUAAGUGGAAGAGAUUGCAGUCUAUUAAACGAGAUAGUAUACAAGGACAUGAUUCUGAGGAAGAACCUCUAUCUUCUCAAAGACAAUAUGGGGAGAUGGAAGAGCCUUUGGUCUGUGGAGAAACCAUACCGUCACGGUACUAUAGUCUCGACCGUCGUAUUGAACUGGGAGAGAUGGCCAAUUUAUUCCUUAACAAGAGUGGACGAACUAUGUUCUACGUGAUUUUAUGUGUUUACUUGUAUGGAGAUUUGUCUAUUUACUCUGCUGCUGUUGCCAAGACUGUUAUGGAUAUAAUUUGGUGAGUUACUAAUCUUUUAUUAUGUUUGUGA